AUGAACGAUGAUAUAUUAAAACCAUUUCCGUGUAAAGAGUCAGAUUGUGGAAUGAGUUUCUUCACAGAAGAUCACCUGUCAGUUCAUUGUCAAGCGAAACACAACAAAUUAAAUUUGGAAAUUCCGAAAGGUCCAAAUAUACAAAUUUUUUCUGAUCAAACGCCUACACCUACUCGACUUCUUAAUAACUGCGAAGAGCUUCGAGUAUUUGAUGACCUACAAAACAUUAAUCCAUUCGAAGAAGGUUUUCGUAGAGCUGUUGAAGAUAACACCAAUGGAAUUAUUCGUGACGUUAAUUUUUUAGAAGCCACCUGUAAUCAAGAUACACUACAUACGCCACAAAUAUUGCCUCAAUUUGAAACUUAUCCAGUGAAGAAUGAACCAAAAACUGACACACAUUUCCAAGAUGACCUCGAAGCGGAUGUUAUCCCAACGACGGUAGACGAUAAAACAAACAUUCCCAAAUCAUAUCACGAGUUGACGACAGCUGAAAAUGUAAAUGAUUUGAAGAAAAAUGAGAGAAUAAUUCAACAACCUGUCACUUUAUUACCAAAACCAACAAUAAUUUAUGCCACACCGAUUGUGACAUCACAAGCAAAUUUAAAAUUAACCGAAACUUCCUCAAACAACGUUCAUCGAUGCAGCAAAAGUGUGAAAGAUAAACUGAAGAAUAUUAUUUUAAGCAAUAGUGGACAAUCGGUUGAAAAGAAACAAAUUAAAAACGAAUCAGUGCCUACAAUAUUUAUUGGAACCGUUCCUUUGAUAGCUGCACCCACCAACGUUAUCAUCAACAACAGCAAUAAGCUUAAAAGAACUAACGAUGAGAUUGGAUCUCAUUCAAAGGUCGUUGAAAAGACCACAGGAGAUGAAAGUGGUACAAAAAAACGUGUGAGAGGUGAAAAGUCAGAAACAGCAUCACUUAAAGUCGAAAGAAAUCGAGCAGCUGCAAGACGAUACCGCACAAAAAUGAAAAUUCAAAGUCGAGCACUUCAAGAGAAAUAUGAAAAAUCCCAACGAGAAAUUGCUUCGUUAAAGAAAGAAUUAACAGACAUGAAACAAGAACUUACACAAAACACUGCACAACAAUUUUGUUUUCCAAAACUCUUGAGUGUUUUUUGUUUUUCAUUUUAUUGUCGUGUUUUUGAAAUGUUAAGUUGUGUUGCUAGAGUGACGAGUUUAAAGUUUUGUCAUUUCAGAGCCAUGUCUUCAAGUCGCUAUUUAAUCGAUAACGAGAAUUUCUCUUUUCUCAAGCAACUCGGCUUGGAACGAGUCAAUAAAGGAGUUUAUAAUGGAGAAUGGAAAGGAAAUGGAGAAAUUGUCAAGUCAAUUGACCCAGCAACUAAUGAAGUCAUUGCUGAAGUUCAGACUGGAAAUAUUCAUGAUCUGGAAGAAUGUUUGAAUACCGCUAAUGAUGCUUUUAAGCAAUGGCGAAAUAUUCCGGCUCCAUUUAGAGGCGAAAUUUUACGUCAAAUCGGUGUCGAACUUAGAAAGUUUCGCGAACCUCUAGGCAAACUCGUUUCUCUCGAAGUGGGAAAAAUUCAAGCUGAAGGAAUUGGAGAAGUUCAAGAGUUUAUUGAUGUUUGCGACUAUGCGACUGGACUCUCGCGAAUAUUUGCAGGUCAAAUCUUGCCUUCUGAAAGAAAUCAACAUGUCAUCAUAGAGAAAUGGAAUCCUUUGGGUGUCGUGGGAGUUAUUUCAGCAUUUAAUUUUCCAAAUGCAGUUUUCGGUUGGAAUGCUUCGAUUGCUCUUGCUGUUGGAAACACUGUUUUAUGGAAGGGAGCACCAUCAACUCCUCUCGUCUCUAUUGCAACAACGAAAAUUGUAUCUGAAGUGCUGAAGCGCAAUAACUUGCCACCUGCUAUUACAUUAUGUCAAGGAGGAGCUGAAAUAGGAAAGAAACUUGCCGCCGAUGAACGAGUGAAGCUCAUGUCUUUCACAGGCAGCACAAAAGUAGGUCGUGAAGUUGGAGUUGAAGUUCAAAGGAGAUUUGGAAAAAUAUUGUUGGAAUUAGGAGGAAACAAUGCUCUUAUUGUGAAUGAAGAUGCUCAAUUUGAAAUGGCUCUUGAUGCUGCUUUCUUUGGAUGUAUUGGUACAGCAGGCCAACGUUGCACUUCUACUCGUCGGUUGAUUAUUCAUGAGAAACUUUAUGAUGGUUUCUUACAAAAAUUGGUGCAACGAUAUAAAGGUCUUUUAAAACGAGUUGGGCAUCCUUUGGAUUCGUCAACCCUCUAUGGACCCCUUCAUAAUCAAUUAGCCGUGGAUAACUACAAGAGUACGAUUGAAGAAGCAAUAAAGCUCGGUGGAAAAGUUGAAGUUGGAGGAAAAGUCAUCGAUCGACCAGGAUUUUUCGUUGAACCGACGAUCGUUUCUAAUUUACCGCACAAUUCUCCAGUAAUCAUGCGCGAAACUUUCGCACCGAUCGUGUACGUGUUGAAAACGAAGAGUCUUGAAAAUGCAAUUGAAUGGAAUAAUGAGGUGGAUCAAGGUUUAAGUUCAGCUCUUUUCACUCAAAACGUUGGAGCAGCCUUUAAAUGGAUCACAGAAAAUGGAUCCGAUUGUGGUCUUGUGAACAUCAAUACAUCGCCAUCUGGUGGCGAAAUCGGUGGAGCAUUUGGAGGAGAAAAACAUACAGGCGGUGGCAGAGAAAAAAUAAAGAUGGAAAACGAUCCAGCUUCUGAUUUUCUAAAUCGUGAGCGUGAGCAACUUGCUGAUAUAUUGAAUGAAAAUGGUGAUGAGGACGGCAACCUCUUUAAUCAGUUGUCGAAUGAUGAUUUCAGUCUUAUUAAUACUGAAAUACAGCAAGCUGAUGCUGAUGAUGCUUUAAUUGAUGAUCUUGCUGGAAUGAGCUUCACAUCAACAAUUCCAGUUGAAGAUGAAAAGAAAGUACCUGAAAAGGUACGCUUGUGGUGCGAAGAAAUGGAAAAGAAACUGGAGGAGAAGGACAAACAGGAGCAAGAAGCCAAAGAGGCACUCUUGAUUGCUGCUCAGAAAGAAAUGUCUGAGUGGGUUUCAAAAUAUAACGAGACGAUGGAGAAAACCAAAUCCAUGAACCGAAGUAACGAAAAAGCUCUUGAAGUUUCAGAAAAAUCUGAACCUGAAGCUAAAAAUAUGUGGGAAUCAAUCAGCAACCUUUGCGAUUUUAGUAGUAAGGGUCCUAAGCAAGUAAAGGAUGCUACAAGAAUGAGAUCAAUUUUCCUACAAAUGAAAUCUUCACCAAAAGAAGGAAAAGUACCAAAUUUUUCGAUGCUUACAUAUGGCAAGUUACGUUAUUCGCACGUUAAACUUACAAAUCCAAAUGACAAAAAUAUUCCCGAUGGAGCUGUUCGAAUGACAGAGGAACAAGCAAUGAACUACCAAAAUAGUCUAAUUAGAAAUUGGCCAAAUUUAUCUGAAGUAUUAGCAUUGCGAUGUGGACCUGGAAUCCUUGGUGGUAUGGCUAUAAUAUCAACAUCCUUAAUCAACAACCAUUUCCGAUAUAAAUUAAAGCUUAGGAAUUUUGGUCGGGCGUCUUCGUAUUUAUCAGUUGUUGGUUUAUCAGCAAUGCUUACAACUGUUUUUCACACAAUGUUCGUCCAAUCGUAUGUUAUAUUGAGAGCAUAUGAUUGCCCAAUGUGUCUACAGACUCGUGCAGGAUUGAUUCAAGCUACAUUUAGUGUUGCAUAUCCAUUCCUCUUGGCACCAGUCAGUGCUUUUAUCUUUACAACAAGAUAUUUCACUUAUCGUUUGCCAUCUAUUACGACACAAACUAAAGAAGUUCUUAAAUUAUACCUAAAGUUUACAAAAUCAGCAUCCACUAUGGCAGGUGUUUUACUGGCAGCAAACUUAUUCGGCGCAAUGUACAUAACUGCAAGAGAAAUGAAAGAACUUGCUUUCAUUAAUCUUAAAAUUGAAGAGUUUGAAGAUAAACUUCAAAAUGGUUCGUUGUCUGAAAACGAUGAGAUGAUGUAUAGAAAAUUAGAAACAAAGUAAAAAAGAAAUCAGAUAUGAAAUAGCAUUUAAUAAAAAUAGUAAAUAAAACUUGUGUUUUUCCAUUGAAAGAGAAAUUGAU